AAUUUUUUAAAAGAACUAUGUACUACAUACUGAAAGUGUUUAAAACAGCACUCAAUAAUAAAACAUAAAAUUAAUGAAAGACUGAAAAGAAAACCAAACAAACAAACAGAAAUAAAGAAACACUCAAUACAAAAUCUAUAAAAAUAAAACACAAAUCCUAAAAAUACCAAAAAAGUGCAUAGCAACAAAAUAAUUUAAAAAAAGUCUUCCCGCGUUUGAAUAAAAACAGAUAAAAACAAAACUUUGCAUUGGUCCUCAAAAGCAUAAAAAUAACAAACAUAUUGAUGUUACCAUAAUAAAAAAAGAAAACAAAUACUAAAAAUAAAUCAAAAUUUAAACUAAAACAAGCAGUGCAGCAACAUUGUUGCCCAACAUUGAGUCUAAAACCAAACAAAAUGUUUUGUAAAAACAAUUUCUCCUAAAAAUAUUACAAAGCUCUAAACAAUAAUUUAAAAAAGAAUUAACUCAAAAAUCUCCAGCUACAAUAUUGUUUAGCUAAAAACUAAAUGUUCUUAAUAAUCUUAGCAUUUUUAAUGAAAUUCGCUGACAUUUCCAAAAUGCAGAGUAAACGCUGUAUAAAUAACAACAACAAUACUAAUAAUCAGAAUAAUAACAACAACAACACCAAUACUAGCAUCAUGUCACAAAAACGAUGGCAGCUACACAAUGCUAACAAUAAAACCAAUUCAAAUUCUAGCAGCACUAGUUCCGGCUGUGAUAGUUCAGGCUCUUCCUCUUCCAAGGAAAAUAACUAUCAACAGCAGCAGCCGCAGCAGACGCAACAACAACAGCAGCAGCAACAUCACUCUUUAACACCCCAACAAUUGCAACAAUUGCGUCACUAUCAACAAUUGCAGCAACAACAAUUACAAUUGCUGCAACAGCAAUUGUUGCAACGCAAACGUUUGCAACAACAAUUACGUGAACAGGGAGUGGAAAUUAAAAGACCUCCUCCCACCGGCUCAACGGCCACGUUAACUUGUAACCAACAAUAUUUGAAACAACUAAGAUUGCAGCAGCAACAACAGCAGCAGCAACAUCAUUUAUAUAAUAUGAGAUUGCCGCAGCAUCAACAACCGGCGCAACAUAUUGAUAAUUUUAUGUUUCAUAAUAAAAAUCUUAAUCGUAAUCUAAAUGAUAUUUUAAAUAAUAACAACAACAAUAACAAUAAUCUGAAUCCAGAAUUACAACAACUAAGUAAUGGUGGUGGUCGUAUGAUAUUUAAAGGACAAAAAUCCUGUCGUGGCAUGACAGAAUUCUCUACAAACAACGACAUCAACAAUAAAACUCAUUUAUCAUCUCAACCGCUUCAAAAUUCACCACGCCAUCAUUUCACACCAUAUCCCACUUCUAAUCCAUCAUCAUCAUCAACAACAAACAACACAACACAUCAUCUUACAUCCUUAACCAAUAAUUAUCCCAUUCAUAACACAACAAACACACAAUCAUCUAAUGCACAAUUUACUAAGCAACAAUUUACACAAACACUAAAACAACAACUCAUUAACAAUAACAAGAAUAAUCAACAAACGCUUCCCUAUAAUAAUUCUUCUGCAAAUGCACGUACCCCAUCGUCGAAUGGAUCGUCAGUAACACAUUCCCCCACGCAUCAUCACUAUCGUAAGCCCUUCAAUUCGCCAAAUAAUUCACCAUUCGCGUAUUGUGGCGGCGGUGGAAAUCAGCAGCAGCUGCAGCAACAGCAACAACAACAUCAGCAGCAGCAGCUGUUGCAGCAACAGAGACGCAAUAGCGGUAAAUUGCCGUUUUUGACACAUACUCAGUAUCAGCAACACUUGAAUGAUUUGCUCCUGCAGCAGCAGCAACUGCAACAACAGCAACAACAAUUGUUGCAGAGCAAAGACGCCUCGGAUGAGAGUGAACUGAGCGAAGAGAGUUUAAAACAAAAUGUGGCCAUUGUUCUGAAUAAUUUAGAUCGUUACAAUAACGCUCUGCGCAGUAUUAUUUUGAAUGAGCAGGUCAACACGAACAAUAGUGUGUUUUACGACGAAAGUGAUUUGAAUUUUUUGACGGGUGGCAACUGUGGUGGCGGCGGCAAUAACAAUAGUGUUAAUUUGCAACAUCAUCAUUAUCAGCAGCAGCAACAACAACAUCAACUAGCAACCAUGGCUACAGCUAUAACACCAGAAUCCGAUUACAACAGCAAUGCUACAACGCCUGGAUCACGCAACAGCAACAUGUUGCCUUACGAGUCCAGCGGUAAUAUGUUGCCACAUAAUCAACAGCAGCCACAUCAACAUUUGGUAGGUUUUUCAAACACAACUACGGGUGGUGGUGGUGUUAAUAAUGGUGGUGGUGUAUUGAAUAAUGCUUGUGGUGUUGGUUAUAUGGGCAACAAUUUAAAUUGUUCUCUCGCUUCAUCUCACGAUUUUACUCAUGACAAUUCUGAUUAUCAGUGGUUCUUGGACUAUGGCUAUCGAGAUGGCUGCGGCGGUAUGCAACGCAGUGUUCUAUCCUCACUAUCGGCUUCCUACAACGGACUGGGCGAUUUGAUCUACGAGGAUUUGGCCAAAAAUCUCGAUGCCAAUUUGGCCGAAGUCGAUAUGGAAAGUUUUCGGGCCGAAGACAUCCACUCAUUACUCUCACAAUUACCCUCGUAUUGUAAAAGCCUGGGAGGUAAUCGCCUGCAACAUUCAUUGAUGUUGCAACAGCACAUGCUACCCUCUAACAAUUGUCAACAUCAGAUGGCUCACAACAUGUCUCAAACAUCUACAACAUCAACAAAUGAUCUAAUAGACAAUUCUUUCUGUAAAUCGGAAUUGCUCUUUUCACCCGUCAAAGAAUCACACAUAUCUGUGGAUUCUUUGGACAUGGAUGCUUAUCCCGAAGACGGUGAUAUAAUAUUGACAUGUAAGGCCAACAAGGAUAAUUAUACAAUUGCAUUUGAGGGUAGUGUUUUGUAUUCAGAUGAAAGUUUUUAUGAACCAAAUGAAAUUGCCAUGAAGAAUAAGCAAAAUUUCAUUAAUCUACACAGCAAUUUGGAUGAUAUUGUUAAACGUAAAUCCUUAGAAGUUUCAAUGUCACGUUCGGAACAACCUCAGCAAUGCAGUUUGCGUAAUAAAUUGCAAAAGAGUCAUACCACACAACUGCAAAGUCUAUAUGCUUUACUUUCUUCUCCUGCGCGUAGAUAUCCAUCGGGUAAUAACAACAAUACUCCAGAAACUAUCACCAUUAUACGUCCACCCAUUCAUCUGACCACAGGUUGUGUACGUAAAUGUAGUAGUUUGCCAAAUUUGAGAGACGACACACAGGAGCAAUUGAACUCAAGUCAAACACAGAUACAUACUCAGCAACAGACGCCACAAAGGCAGCAGCAACAGCAGCAUCAGCAGCAAUUGAAUGUAUCAACGGCGAUAACCACGUCACAUAUAGAACAUAAUUUGCAACAAACUAAAUCGCGCAAUUUAUUACCCAUGUGCCAGAUACCAAUAUCAUGCAAUUCCACAGCCGCUUCGAUAGAGGAACGAUUAAAUGUUUUAAGCCUACAACAGCAGCAGCAGCAGCAACAACAGCAGUGUCACACCAGGCAGCCAAAGCAUAGAUGUUGUUGUGGCAGUGGUGUUAGCGGUGGUGUUGGAGCAAUUGGUAGCAACUUAAGUAAUCAUUCGAAUGUCUCAAUGGGCAGUAACAAUGGUUCAGCUACAAUUAUUUCACAUCAUUCAAAUAAGGGCCAUCACAUUACAGGCUCCACUUCUUCGGGUUCUUCGAACCCGCCAGCUUUUAAUCUAGUCAAAUUGUUUAUCAAACAAAAGAGCACAAAUUGUUCUCUCGAAGAUCAGCCGAGUGCUCAUACUUGUAUGGAUAUUUCAUCGGGUUGUUGGCCUUCCAGUGACGCCAACAACUCAAGUUCCAGUUCAUCGUUGGAACAACGUUUGAGAAAGAAGAGUAUGAAUGAUUCGGGCAAAGGUUCAGCUUUAAGUAGACAUGACGAAGAAGCUGAUAAUACAACAUCCACAUUCCACAUGGAUGCUUCGGCUUCUACACCUAAAAAACAACAUCAAGGCCGUUCCUCGGUGUUCUACGAGGAAGAUCCAAGUUCAAGUUCGACGGGUUCAUUGACUGCUACAAAUUCCCCAGCCCAUAGACGUAGAAGUAUGCCCUUACGCAAUCCCGCUUUAAAUCAAUUGGCUCUUCAGCUAAACGGCAAUAAUAAUUCCUCAGCUAGUCUCUUAUCUUCGGAUAACACCUCAGAACAAUUGACUCAGGUGCAGCUAUCUGGCGGACAGGAGUCUUCUUCCUCCUCGGCCAAGGCGGCUGAACGAAAUAAACAAAGAAGAUCUCGUGAUGCGUCCAGACCCAUUUCAAAUGCUUCAUCAUCCGAGAUGAUUACCAGAUCUAUGCAAACUUCCUGUGGUUCCUUAAGUACCCGUAGUAGUUUAAGUGAUCGAUUCCGUUUUGUGCCACCCUCAUUUCUGGAAAAACUCAAUAACUUGGGCGAAGAAAAUCAAGCACCCAUUUAUGUCAUCUAUCCCAACUACGCAUUACCCGAUUUGGGCUUCGUGAAGACCUCAGCUACACCAGAUGUCAUCUUCUCACCCUUCAACUAUAAAAUGAAUAUGGGUGGGAACACCUCGACAGCUUCAUCUUGCGCUUCUAUUAAGAAACGUUUCAGUCUGAUGACGGGUAGCGAUGAAGAUGAGAUACUAAAGACUAUGGAUUACAAGCAUGUGGUGGAUUGGCAAUCUUUGGCGACUUUAUUGCCCGGUGACUAUAGACGUAGAUUAAAACACAUUCCAGAAGUGAAUGGCAUUCUAAGCCAUUUGGAAAGAGAACUGGCACAAAAACCUCUCUUCUGCUUAACGCCCCCAGUGAGACGUAAUCGCACACAUAUUUGUGACUGCAAUCAAUAUUUCCAACGCGGUGAACAACAGACAGAAGCCGCAGGUGGAUCUUCAAGUUCGGGAUCUAGUCACCAACCUUCAUCAGGUUACAGAGGCUCUUCGACGUUGCUCACCGAUUCGGAAUUUGAAAAUGCUAAUAAUAACGCUCAUGGCGGCGGUGAUAAUCUUAAGCAGAUGUAUGUAUACCAAUACGAACAACAACGUAUGGACUCGGGCGUAGAAAUGAGUCCCAAAGUACAGUCUACACCGAUACCCAUGCCCCGCGGUAUUCUACGCAAGAGUUCUUCGGCUGUGAGAAGUAAACGCAAUUCAAUGAUUGAGCAAGACGCUAAAUUAACAAAGUUAGAAAAACGUCGUUCUCUGCAAGAGGCGCCAUACAAUUACCACAUUGGCUCGGCCGAAGAAUUGGCAGAGGUAUUCGAAGAGGAAAUAUCAGGUGCCGAAAUAUACGCAACGCCACAACCACGAACUGAACGAUUAUCUCGUAAGGAUUUGGAUGCAAGGGCUAGGGCCGAAAACUUCUUGUCUUCUUUGCCACGCAAUGAAUUAAAAUAUUACGCCGAAAUAGCUUCAAUUUUAGAGUCUUCCGAACAACAGGUUCAGUAUGAUGCGGCUGCUUUGAAGAAGGAAGUAUCACGAGCAUUGAGCCAACAGAAAAAAGUAUCGUUUAAUGACAAAGAAGAGGCCGACAGCACACAAAACAAUUUGGUCCAUUUGCCCACAGAAACUCGGCAACGAUUUACAACACCACCAAAUUCACCAAAUAUUUCAAUGGCUACCAACGCCACAGCUACAACCGCAACUAAUAACGCAACAUUACGGCAACCCGCUACUGCUGCUGGAUUUGCAGCACCUCCUGUGGCUACUAGACGUUGUUCGAAACGUGAUGAAUUGGAAAAACAAAAAUUAGAAAGUAAUCGCUUUAAACGUUUGCAAAUUCAAUGGGAAUUAAUGAGCAAGGAUUCGAGUAUGCUUAAGGAACUGGCACUUGAGGAACAAACAAAGAGUGGUGGUUCUACACCAACGUCAGCUGUAGCUGCUGCUAAUGCUGCUGCUGCCGCCGCGGCUCAGAAGUCACGUAUACCUCGUCCCGUUAGCUAUCCCGCUGGAAAAAGAACUGAUAAUUGUAAAAUUCCAAGAACAACAACAAUGACUGAAACCCCUCAUAAAAUUAAUAACAUUGCAAAUAAUACAAAAAUACCUAAACCUCCAUGUGCUAUUUCUCCACAACUUGCUAGAAUAACAAAUCAAGCAGAUCCCUCAAAAGCAACACGAUCACCAAGUCGUAUACAGCCACCGAAACGUUAUAGCAUGACAGCAGCUGCUGCAGUAACACCGUCACCAAUAACAACACCAACAUCAUCGGCAGGUACUACAACAACCAGAGCUCGGACACCAAACAGUAGAGUGGCAGUAACUGCGCCAAAUACUCCAAAGAAACGAGUGCAAUCACCAAGAACAAUUCCCAGAGUGCGAUAAAUUUGAAAGAAAUGAUAAUACAGACAAAAAAGAAAACACAUUCCCCUCCUGUGUUUUUUUUUUUUUUUUCAACAUGGAUUCCUCUUCAUCAUGCACUAGAGUUUAUAUAUUAGUUAAGCAAUUCUAUAUAUAUUUACUCACAAAAGGAUAACAAAACAAACAUGCUUAUAGAAUUUAAUUUAUAAGUAAUAACAGAAACAAAUUGUAAACUAUUUAUAAAUUAUUUAUAGGCUUCAAGAAGACAUUCAGAACAGAGAACUACUAACUCCUACCCCAUUAAAUAAUAUUUUGCUAUUUGUAAAUUAGUUCAAUAAUCCUGCCCUUAAACAAACACGAUUACCCUAAUGCAAAAUAUUCCUAAACUUUGUGUACCCUAGUUAGUACCCAGACCACACAAAUGUGUAUGUUUUCUUCAACAUCUUAACAUCUUAAGUUCUCUCCAGUGAUAUUAUAGAAAAUCAGAAGUUUAAUUUAGUUGAAUUUUAUUCAUUAUGAUUAUGAUGAUUUUGAACUACUAGGGCUCAGAGAAAAAAAUAAAAAAAAACAAGACUUCUUCUGAUUUAUUAACAAACAGAAAAAAAGAAAAGAAUAUAAAAGAUUUUUAUUUUUUAUUUUUUCUAUUAAAUAAACAAAUAACUUAUAAAUUUAUAUUUUAAGUAAGGAAAAAAAAGAGGUGAAAAGUAAAAGCUUUGUAAAUGUUUUUUGUUGCAAUAUACACAUAUAUUUAAAGAAAGAAAAAAAAUAAUUAAAAAUAAUACAUUAUUAAAAUGGUAUCAUAUUUGUAAAGUAAUAAUCUAAAUAUUUUCUAUAUAGUAUACAUAUAUGAAAUAUAAAACAAAAAUGCAUCUAAUUAAUUAAAUGCUAAAAUACAAUACAAAUUUAGUAUUUUCCAAACAAGCUCAAGUCAUAUUGAAAUAAAGCAAUUCCCCCCAAAUUUGCUUAAAAUUAAACAAAAUAUAAACUAAAGUAAAACUAAACAAAAAAGAUAUUAUAAAAUAAUUAAAAAUUACAUUGAAAAACAAAGAGAAAAGAAGAGACAUUAUUAUGAUCUUUUAGUGAGGUAUUAUUUCUUUUUUCCUCCUCCCUCUCCUCCCCCAACAAACAAUAAUAAAAAAAUAACCCUUUUUUUUGUUUUUUUUUUCUUCUCAAUUUCAUCAAACAAUUGUCGUUUAAACGAUAUGAUUGAUUUUUAUAUAUAUAUAGAACCAAGAAAAAUAAAUUUUUAAACAAUUUAUAGAGAAAAUGCCUUCGAAAAAAUAAAAAAAGAAAAACAUCUUACAAGAAAUAGUAAAAUCGUACUUUAUAAAUUAAGUACAAAUGAAAAACAAAACAAACAAUAUAAAAAUCAUCUUAAUUGAUUGAUUUUAUGGUUAGUUUAGUACCAGUCUUAUAAAAUAUUUAUAAAUUUGUAUUUUAUUAUUGAACACUCACUCUAUUAUUUUACUUUGUUAUUAUUUUAUUUCUUAUUCCUUUAUGUAAAAUUGGAAAAUUUAAUUUUCUCAACAUUUUUUAUUUAAUUAAUUUCAAUUUUUAAUUUUUAACACAAAGUGAUUCAUUUUAAUUUUCUUUAUUAUUUCUAUUUUAUAUCAUUAUAAAUUUAUAUACUUAUAUUUUUUAUUUUCUAAUUAUAUUAACCGUUCUUCCGUUUAUAUACAUAAUUAUAGUUUUAAUUAAAUAAUUAUUUCUUUAUAUAUACAUAUAUUUAAAUGUAAUUGUUUUAUUUUGUAUUUUUCUUUUGCUCUUCUCUAUUUCUUUAGUUAUAAACAAAUUUUUCCUAUUUACUUACUUACUACUCACUCUCUUCACUAUCCUUCUUUAAAAAAUCAUUGUAUUAUUAUAAAAACUAAAAGGAAACAAACCACAAUUCUUUAUAAUUAAUAUUAUUAUUAUUAUAUAAAUAUUAAAUAAAUAAUAAUGUAUUAAAAAACGUAAACAAAAGAAAUCGCAAAACAUAACAAAGAAUAUUUGCAGAAGAAUUUAUCAUCAACCAACCAACUACAAAAAAAUACAUGUAUUUUCCUUUACUCUCUAUCUAAACAACAAAAAUAUAAAAAAAAACUAAACAAAAAUCAUUAAAAAUGUAUAAAAACCCAACAAUUUUAAUUUAAAACAAACAAAAAAAAUAUUAUACAUAUUAAAAAUAUUAAUAAAAUAAAUAAAAAAUAAAAAAAGUAUUAAGAAAAACAAA